AGUACAACGAGCUUGUAAAGGUUAUUCGGCAAUAGUUAUGAACUCCCGCUUGCGAGCCUUAGGUGGGAGGAUAAAUAAUAUAAGGGUGUCGGAACUACCAAARGAGAAAACUCGAUCGGAGAUUAUCUGUAACGUGCACUUUCUGGAUGGAUCAGUACAAAGCUUCAAAGUCAAUAAGCAAGACACUGGCCAAAUUUUGUUGGAUAUGGCAUAUAACCAGUUGGGUGUGACAGAGAAGGAGUAUUUUGGUUUACAGCAAAACGAAACAUCGGUAGAUUCUCCUCGAUGGCUUGAACCAAGCAAACCUAUUAGAAAACAGUUAAAAGGAGGUUUCCCCUGCACCCUUUGUUUUCGCGUAAGGUUUUUUAUACCCGAUCCCAACACACUUCAGCAAGAACAAACCAGGCACUUAUUCUUCUUGCAGCUGAAGACUGAUAUUUUGGAAGGAAGGUUGUCAUGUCCUCUUAAUUCUGCUGUUGUCCUGGCAUCAUAUGCAGUACAAUCUCAGCUUGGAGACUAUAACUCCUUGGUACAUCAUUCAGGAUAUCUUUCGAAUUACAACUUCAUACCAGAGCAGAACAAAGAUUUUCUUACCAAAGUAGAAUCUCUACAUGAACAGCACAGUGGCCUCAAGCAAUCUGAAGCGGAGUCCUGCUACAUAAAUAUAGCACGAACACUUGAAUUCUACGGAGUAGAAUUGCACAGUGGUAGAGAUCUUCAUAAUCUAGAUCUCAUGAUAGGGAUUGCAUCGGGUGGUAUUGCUGUGUAUAGAAAACUCAUCUGCACAAGCUUCUAUCCCUGGGUGAACAUUUUAAAAAUUUCCUUUAAAAGGAAAAAGUUUUUUAUACAGCAACGGCAAAAACAUAAUGAAUCCAGAGAGCAUAUUGUUGCCUUCAACAUGCUAAAUUACAGAGCAUGCAAAAAUCUGUGGAAGUCUUGUGUAGACCAUCACACRUUUUUUCAGGCAAAGAAGUCACUACCUCAUGAAAAAAAGAUACUGUCGCACUAUUGGACCCUAGGUUCUAGAAACCCAACAAAGUCUGUAAACUCCCAGUACUGCAGAAAAGUUAUAGGUGGGAUGGUUUGGAACCCUUCUAUGAGAAGAUCUUUAUCUGUUGAGCAUCUGGAGACCAAAAGCCUUCCUUCUCGGUCACCUCCUGUUACCCCCAACUGGCGGAGUCCUAGGCUUCGUCAUGAGAUCCGUAAACCACGACACUCAUCUGUAGAUAACCUUACAAAUGAAAUUUCCUAUAUUACUGAAACAGAGGAUGUUUUUUACACAUAUAAGGGCUCCCCAACAUCAAAGGAUAGUGAUUCUGAGUUCUCCCAAAACCGUAGUCCACAGAGAAGGUCRUCUGAACAAGAAUCACCAAAGAAUGCAUUGGGAAAUAGUGCAACUCAGAAUUCUCUGACCCAUACCUCACCUAAAGCCUUGUCUCCGUCUCCCAAUGGGGUUGGUAACGUUUCGGGAUCCUACCUGCUGGAAGGAGUGGAUAAGCAGUUCCUAGAAACGUAUGACAACAUUACAAAAACAAGCUUCACAGAAGAUUCCAGUCAAUACUACUGUGAUAAGAGUGAACUUAUUGAGGGAGACUUACUUCUAGUGCGUAUCACACCAGAUGAAGAUGGGAAGUUUGGAUUUAAUCUGAAGGGUGGCAUAGAUCAAAAAAUGCCAUUAGUGGUGUCACGAAUUACUCCAGGAUCACCUGCUGAUAAAUGCAUUCCAAAACUGAAUGAAGGUGAUCAGAUAGUAUUAAUUAACGGCCGAGAUAUCUCAGAGCACACGCAUGACCAGGUGGUAAUGUUUAUAAAAGCCAGCAGAGAAUCUCACACAAGGGAGCUUGCACUUUUAGUCAGGCGGAAAGUAGUGAAACAGUUUGUGGAGCCCAGAUCAGAAGAUGAAGUUGAUUCUCAAAGUCUCCCAGAGUCUCUCCUUCCUAACUGCUCAGAGUAUGGUGACACGCUGGAGGAGUCUAUGGAGCAGCUAAAGAAAGGGCUGGAAAGUGGGACAGUCCUUAUUCAGUUUGAGCAACUUUAUAGAAAAAAGCCAGGGUUGGCUGUUACAUGUGCAAAGGUACCUCAGAACAUGGACAAAAACCGAUACAAAGAUGUUCUGCCUUAUGAUGCCACAAGGAUAAUAUUACAGGGAGAUGAAGAUUACAUUAAUGCAAACUACGUGAAUAUGGAAAUUCCCACUGUGGGAGUUGUGAACAGGUACAUUGCUACCCAAGGGCCUCUUCCACACACGUGUGCACAUUUCUGGCAAGUAGUCUGGGAUCACAAGUUAUCGCUGAUCAUUAUGUUAACAACCCUCACUGAACGAGGGCGGACCAAAUGUCAUCAAUAUUGGCCUGAUCCCCCAGAUGUAAUGGAAUAUGGCAACUUCCGUGUCAGGUGCCAGUCUGAAGAUUGUACGAUUGCCUAUGUCGUUAGAGARAUGGUGGUUACUAAUGUUGAGACAGAACAACAACAUGCAGUCACCCACCUGCAGUACGUGGCCUGGCCUGAUCAUGGUGUUCCUGAUGACUCCAUGGACUUCUUGGAGUUCGUGACCUGCAUGAGACCAAAGAGAGUAAAGAAUGAGCCRGUCCUUGUUCACUGCAGUGCUGGAAUCGGUCGUACUGGAGUGUUGGUCACUAUGGAAACAGCCAUGUGCUUAAUUGAAAGAAACCAACCUGUUUAUCCACUGGAUAUUGUACGAAAAAUGCGAGACCAGCGAGCUAUGAUGGUCCAAACAUCAAGUCAAUACAAAUUUGUUUGUGAAGCUAUUCUGCGUGUUUACAAAGAAGGAUUAGUUCGACCACUGGAUUCCAGUUAGCACAGCAGUGAAGGAUGAAUUCUCUUCCCCUAAAAAGACUUCAUUUGUUGGGUUUUUUUUAUUUUGUUUUUAAUGAAGCAAGGGCUUGUUUAUCAAAGCAACUAGAAUGGACUYGAAGCCCAUGAGACAACAGAGGAGCACAUCUGAACUGUGGCACUUUAAAUUUCUCAAGAUCCUAAAAAUAUCAUGUACAGUCUAAAGAAAUCAUGUAGAUAAAUAUGAGAGCAAUUGUGUGUAAUAUGCUUUAUUCACAUAGACACCAUAAACCUUGUCAUGGAAACCUUAAUACAUAUCUUAUCUCUUUGCUGCCUUAAAAAAAACCUUAACUUUAGAAGUUACAAAGGUCCCAAUGUUUCUUUUUAAAAUACAAAAAGAAAAACAGUAGUAUUGAAAUGGUCCAGUUUAAGGAAGUAUUUAAUAUCUUUGUAUAGUGUGGAAGGUCAUGGAAGUUCCUCAUAAUUUUCAUGUUUGGACACUAAAUGUUCAUGAAAAUAUAACCUUUGCUUCUAAAAGGCUGAUGAAGAGCUUCAAAGGCUAAUGCAUAGCUACUCUACAUCGACAGCUGGAGAAAUUAAGUAGUCAGGUCCCAUAAAUCUAUUAGAGAGUAUGCCAGCUGUUUUAAUAUGCUGCUUAGAAGUCACAUCUACUGUAUGUGAUGUGCAAAAUAAUGCUGCAUUUAAGCAUUUAUGCAGGUGGUACAGUUUACAUGUUGUGUUUAUUGCAUUAGUUACUGUACUGCUAUUCUGUUUCUGCUGCCUUUCCCUUUUAUACUUCCAUUCAGUGCUUUUUCUAUUUAUGAACAGAAAGCAUCUUAACUGAAAAAGAGGUUGAAUUCUCUUUUUUUACCUUUGUUUCCAUGUGUAUUUAUGAGUUUUCAGAUGUAAAUGUGGAUUAAUGUUGCACACAAGUACAAGACUCUUUUACUUAUUGUAUAUGCAAAGUAGCCUAAUCCAAUACGGGAGGAAAAAAUUACUACUGAACCCAUUAAAUAUGUUGCUGCUAAUUCAAGGUGUGAAGCUUACAAGGGCACAGGUGUUUCUAGUGUUGAGACAAUGAUAAAAUGUUGAUUUGCUGCCUUUCAGCAGAAGCUGUGUUGUGGCUAYCCAGUGAAACACAGCUUCCUCUUGCAAGAGUUCUCCGGAUUUACUGGUUCUUUCCUUUGUGGAAAUACAGUUGAAUUUGCGUGAAUUCAGGGAAAGAGYGAAUGAAUUUGUACAUUGGUAAAUAGUUUACCCUAAGGUACACUGGUCUCCAUUUCAUUUCAGAUGGGAGAAUUGGAC